AAUGUUGUUCACAACACACUGGUCUGGUGACGAAGGGGUGGACUGCCUUUUCUCAUAACAAUUACUGAAGCCUAUCACAUUGAUAGCUUCCAAUAGUUCAUCAAUUUGUGAAUGAUCAAUACAUUUUUACUACAGACUCGCUAUAUAACAGGACAUGUUAGCGCCCGCGGGUUUCCUAGCAAGAAAUCAAUAAGCUAGCUAGCUGUUUUGUUGCAAAGGAAGAAGUCCACCCGAAAAGAACGAGGCCUGGGGAGAAUUAUGGCAGCAACACCGGUAGCUAAUCGAUAGAUAGAGGGAGCGUCCCAUAAUGACACCAACUGACAACCUUGCAGAAUUUUAGCAACAAACAUAAACAAGAGCCAAAUGGUUUUGCAAGCAUUCGAACAUGGGUGACAUGAAGACCCCUGAUUUUGAUGAUCUUUUGGCUGCCUUUGACAUCCCCGAUGCCACCAGUUUGGAUGCCAAAGAGAACAUCCAGGAGAGUCACGAUGAGGCAGAAGGUCAGCUGAAACACACAGGGAUGUGUAUGGAUGACAGCUUAUCUGUUCACCAAGCUGUGGGUGCAUCUGAUGUACCUGCUGUCAGUGUUAUAGUGAAGAACACAAGUCGCCAGGAGUCGUCUGAUAGUGGUGGAGAGAGAGAGGGCCCACACUUUGGACACCCAUUGCAAAAUGGUUUCAGGGGGUCAGGGGCCGCCAUGGAGUCUCAUCAGAUAGACCACAGUGGUUCUAAGUCUUUUGUGUCUGCUUUGAAUGGGGGUGGCUCAAGAGGGCUCUUAGGGAAGACCCCCGUCCAGCACAAACUUGAAGGAACGCCAUCCUUCUCACAGUCCUUUUCCCAGUUCAGCCCCAUCUCUAGUCCAGAAUCUGAAGACAGCCGAAGCAAUGGAGUUGAUAUCCGUCCAAAACAAGAGAGACCCUACUUCCCUGCUGCCUCUAUAUUUAUGUCUGCAGAACCCCCAAUGUCAGACAAUCAGAAAAAACAGCUGUCUUACAGCAUGUUUGACAAGUGCCAUGAAGUAGACUGUGACGUACCUGAGAACCUUCCAAGGAGCAAAGGAGAAUCUAUCAAAGCAGAGGAUACCAGGACAGAGAAGCCUGACAGUAAUGUCAGUGACCAGAAGGUAAAGGGAGAUUGUCAUAGUAGUGCAAUGCUCCUUACAAAUGAUCAUAACAAUAUUGUGUCAAGCAGUAACGUUAAUAUAGUGGCAGCGUCUAAUAUGCCCACCUCUCAUCCAUGUGUCAAAACUCCAACAUCAAAACUAUCGUCAUGCCUUGAGGCAUUAGUGGCUCUAAAUGCCAGAAAGGAUCCCAGUGAACAACCAAACUAUCAAGAUCUAUCAUUGGCUCAUGAUGACAACAUAAAGGUUAGUCCUAAAGUGCCCAUGUCACCACAAAGUCCCAGGAGUCCUCUUGAAGCUGUGAAGCGGUUAAUGAAACCACCUGACAGUCCUGUAAGCAUUUGCAGUAACAGCAGUGGCAAGGGAUCCCCUGCACUGGCAUCUGGCUCACCCCCAGCCAUACCGAGGGUCAGGAUAAAGACCAUUAAAACCACGACUGGGCAAAUCCAGCGCACUGUUACCAGUGUAGUACCUGAUUCAGAAAACGAGGACGUUCACUCUGUUGAGUCCUCUCCAUCCCAGAGUAUGAUUGUUGAGGAUGCCUACCCUAGUUUGUCUCCCUAUCCCUCUCAUAAUGUGAUAAGUGAUAUUAUUGUUGAUAUGCCCAUCAAAAGUACACCAGUUGGUGCUCUGCCCUCAAAGGUUACUGAUACUAAAUUAGAGGGGAACUCCAAGAGGCCAGGACAAAUGCAGUCCGCAACUAUUUUUCAUAAUACAAGUAGUCCUGUUAUGAGGUCUAUGCCAGUUGCCCAGCAUGGGCCUUCUACACAAAAGAGGAUUUCAUCAGUUCAAACAGGCAACUCUCCCAAUACAAGCUUGCUUCCCAAGGCAAUGCACUUAGCUAACCUGAACCUAGUCCCUCACAGUGUUGCUGCCUCAGUCGCAGCACGCUCCACCUCCCAUCAACAGAGCCAACAACACACGCUUUCCUCUUCUAUGGUGUGCAGCACUGUCCCAUUGGUACACCAAGUGAAAAAAGCUGCCCCUAAUCCACGUGCUGCCAUUCCUAGCACAGCAGCAGGAACUUUAAACAGACUGUUAAAUAAUGCCAACCCUGUACCCACAUAUGUACCCAACCUAAACCCACCACCUGAGAGCAACAUCAACUUGCCACCACGUGGAUAUUGUUGCCUGGAGUGUGGGGACUCCUUUGGGGUAGAGAGGAGUCUUGUUUAUCAUUAUGGCAGGAGGAGUGUGCACAUUGAAGUAGCCUGCACCCACUGUGCUAAGACCAUGGUAUUCUUCAACAAGUGUGCCCUGCUGGCACAUGCACGGGAACAUAAGAACAAAGGUGUGGUGAUGCAGUGCACACAGCUCUCCAUGAAGCCCAUAGCAGAGGGACAGAUGUUUGCACCCUUGAUCACUGAAUCCUCUGUGCAUGUGGGCUCCCAUGUGCCCCCAUUAUCCUCACCUAAAAGCCAACCAGUCAUGCCCCUCUAUCCAGACAAAGUCAUCCGCCACAGACUCCGCUGCCUCGAGUGUAACAAGCAGCUAUCGGACUACAAAGGUCUCGCAGGCCAUUACCAGAGGUUGUCGGAAGAAAUGGAGGGACUGAUGUGUAAGGUGUGCUCAAUGCUGCUACCCAACAAGUGCAGCUACCGGGCUCACCAGCGUAUUCAUGCCCACAAGUCCCCUUAUUGCUGCCCUGAGUGUGGUGCGCUGAGUCGCUCUGUGGAUAUACAGAAGCAUGUGAAGGAGAACUGUCUUCACUAUGCACGCAAGGCUGGCUAUAAGUGUCUUCAUUGUGAUAUGGUUUUCAUGUCAUUUAAUGUGCAGAAGAGUCACAUUGAGGAGAAACACUGUGAGGUCUUCUAUAAGUGCACCAUCUGUCCUGUUGCUUUCAAGUCUUCUGGUGGAUGUGAAAUGCAUUUGACAACUAAGCACAAUGCCAGCAAAGUGUCCCCUCAGUUAAUCUUCAAGUGUUCUUGUGAGACAGUGUUCAAGAAAAAGCAGUUAUUGCUUCAGCACUUCUAUCAGAAUGCCAAAAAGCGUGCUACCUGUGUGUUCAAGUGCCCUGAGUGCACUUCAAUCUUCACCCAAAAGCAGCCUUUAAUGCAGCACUUCAAGGGGGUACAUGGAGGAAUCUUCAAAGAGGAGGUGGAGAAAAGCACAAAACCACCUGAGAUGACCGCACAGCACCAAGAUGUUACCUCGGGAUUCCACCAGCCAAAGGUAAACACUCCCAUAAAAUACUCAGAUGGAACCAGAAAAAGGGCCAACUUGGGCGCUAGAGACAGCAAGCCCAAUCUGAAGAAUGCUGGCUGGAACUGUGGAGAGUGCCUACACUGGCUGCCUGACCGAGAAGCCUAUGUCUCUCACAUGAAGAAAAACCAUGGGAGGUCAUUGAAGAGUUAUCCAUGCCGGCAGUGUGAGAGGUCUUUCAAUUCCUCUACAAGUUUGAGAAGACACAUUCGCAAUGACCACGAUGGAAAGAAAAAUACAUUUACCUGCUGGUAUUGCACAGAUGAGAGGACAACAUUCACUACAAACAUCUUGUUGAAGAACCACAUCAGUUUGAUGCAUGGGAUCAAAAAUCCAGACUUCAGUCUGUUAAAAUCAGCCCCUCUGGAUAGCAGUAAAGCCUUGGGAGAGGUGAUUUUUCUUUUAAAAGGACCUGUUUCAAAGAGACCUGCUGUUGAGUCUGAGGGAGAGGGGCAGGAAGGCGCUGCCCUAGAAGGCUCCCCCGCCAAGCGUCUGAAACAUCAGUUUCGCUGCUCAAAGUGUGGCUUCACCACAGAGGAUGGCACACAGUUCCAGAAGCACAUACCUCAGCAUAAAACUGAUGAAAACACUCCCCAAUGCCUGCACUGUGGAUUAUGUUUUGCGUCCCAGCUAUCUCUCAACAGACACCUGUUUAUUGUGCACAAAGUCAAAGAGCCCGAAGAAGAGAGGAAAGAAAGGAUGGACAUGGAGUACGAGUGCAGAAAGAAGCAGGAAGAGGACGUGGGGAAAGCAGUGGGUGUGAAUGAGAGAGAGGACUUGCCACCACCAUUAGUUAAAUCUGACCCCCAACGGGCAGAGGAUCCAACCAGGUUGCACUGUGAGCCUGCAGUAAGACUGACUGUAAAUCCACAUACAGCUUUCACCUAGAGUUUCAUGGAUAGUGUCAUCAGCAGGCAAAAUAAAAUCAAUGAGAGCAAUUUUGAACUUCAUAAAAGCUGCGAUUUCCAUUUCCUUGGGUAAUAGUAGUUUAACUUCAGAUGCUUGACAUGCUGCACUAAAGUGGUACCUUUUUUUUUAUUUCAUUUUUUGCCUUUAAACUAAAUGCUUUUUGUGUUUCUCAAAGCCUUGGGACUGGCAGUUGUUCCAAAUCAAUUGGAUAAUUUUGGAAAAAGAUUAUAAUGAAUUAUUUACUUUGUUUUACCUUUUGAAGCUUGCAUGUUUUGUAUUGUAAUUCAUGUAUUAAAAUGCCUCUGGUACAUAACCACACCCACCUGUAAAGGCACAGGGUUUGGUUCAUCAGUAUUCUGUAGUGACCCCAGUUAUAUCAGUUACGUCCCUCAGGCUUACCUCACAUUUAGUUUCAUAUCAUGAUGACUUUGCUUUAGUUUAUGACAGCCAUAUCAUAUGCUUGGUUUCAUAUUUUUGGCCUUAUAAAAUACAUAAUAAUAGAUGGCGCUUCAAGCAGGUCGUGGCUAUACUGGUGUCAUGUAACAGUAUUACAACUUCUAUCAUACUGUAUGUUGAAAUAUUUACUCUUACCUAGGUACCAUUUAGCACAGAUUAUAUAUUUUAUAUCCAUUCCAUACCAAAAAUAGUUUCACAUUCAUUUAUUAUGAAAGCCGGCUAAACUACCCAAAUAGCACUUUUCUACAAGAUCAAAUACAGGUGUUGGAGUUAAAUGCCUUGCUAAAAGAUAUUACCUUUUUUUACUACUGAUUUUGUAGCUUGGUAAAAGUGAGCUUUCAUUCAUUUAAAAUGCUCUUAUAUCUAUAUUCAUAGUAGUGGUGACUUGUCUUAGUGAUGUCAUUGAUGUUUUUCUUGGUUAAUUGUAAUCUUUGGUGAGUGUGAGAAAGCAUCUGUUUUGCAAGAUAAUGCAGGGUGUUGGAAGUGGCUCAUUGCCAGCAGUGUACUAAGGCAAUUAAAAGAGCAGUGAUUUAAAUGUAAAGGGUUAGAGCAUGUCUGAGUGCAUGGGAACAUGUUGAAAUAAGCUGAUGAUGGAGACCUGUGCAGCUGUAUCUACCUCCAUGGUGUAUGGCAGUGAUUGUUAAACUUGGGAUGUUUUGGGAGAUUUCACUUUUGUUGCAAGCAAUGUAAAAUUAAUUGUUAUUAUUCUCAAUGUAUAUCUCCCACAAUAUUAAAUUUUAUAAAUUACUUUGGAGAUUAUUUAUAGUCACAUUGACUUAUCCUGUAAACUUUCUAUUAAAGUGCUGUAUGAACUGUUCAUUUUCUAGUGGUUAUCUGAUAGUGUUCAUCCCAAACAGAGCCACUGUUAAAACGCAGUGUCUAUGAAACUUCACAUCUCAGUGUUUUUAUAUAGCCUGUCAAGAGAAACUUUGUACUUUUGAUAAUAUGUACAAUAUUAUGGACAUGUAAGCUAAUCCAUGUACACAGUAGCUAAUGAACCCUUUAUAUUUGCAGCAUUUCUUAAUCCUUCACAUAUAUAUUCAACCUGCAUCGGCCAUUGUGCCUUGCUGUAAUGUUUACUUAAAAUAACUGCAAAUAAACACGAACGUGUCAGCAUAAG